UAAAAAUUUAAAUGUAAAACAAUAAAUGUUUUACUACAAACUGCUGGGUACAUAAACUGCAGGGUGCUACAGAAACAUAUGCUUCAAAAAUUAUAAUAAAAUAUAUAACAGUUUAUAAAAUAUUUAUGAAUACUAUUUAUGAAGUUGUUAAAAAACAAUGAAUUUAUUUUGUAUUGAAAUAAAACAUUUCAAGUUGAACAGUAGGGUUAUGACUUUUUAUCAACCCAUGCUCCUGUACUGUAGUUUGAUGAACUUUUACCUAAAAAGCACAAAAAAAAACUAUUAUUUGCAUAUCUUUUCGAAAAGGUUCACCCCACCAUUGAAAAAUCGAUUUUGACAUAAGUACUAUGCAUUCAAAUGUAUUUAGAAUGUCAUAGUCAUAUAAUACAAUAAAUUUGCAAUCCAACAAUGACUCAGGCUGUUGACUUUGCUCUUGCUUCUUGCACAGGAGGAAUCGAAGGUGCAAUUUAUCUUUAUUUUUCUAUAAUGAAUAAAUUUCCUUGAUUACUUUGAUUGCACACUCUGCGCAUUGAAUACUUCUGGGUAUUCAAUGAAUGAAUAGAAUGGAUGGGUCUCCAGUGAUUUUUCAAAGAGUUUAAAACCUUUUUGUAUGGAUUCAUCAUUUCAGCCAAGUUAUUAAAAUUGUUUUUGUUGUACAAUUGGUCUGUAAACUAAUGGUCUGCCCAGCCAUACAAUGUAAAUCGACAUCUGUACUCUCUGCAGAACUGCCCUUGUUAAAGGAAUUUAAAUGAAGGCCAUAAUCGCUAGUUCAGCUUUGGAGUUUCACCUCAUGUUGAGUAUUUUCUGAAACCUGAUAAAUGGAAAAUGUUCCUUUUCCUCAAAAAUUCGGAACACUUGAGUGAGAUGAAACAAAAAUAUCUUACCAUCUCUCCAGCCUGAUGUUUCAAGAAUUAUUUUUGUUCCCUUAUCAAACUGUAUUUUCAGUUGUUCGUACUCCUUCAACAGUUGAGAUACAAAUGGAUAUUUGAUGCUUGGCUAUUGUGUUUUACUUCCAAGUCCUUCAUCCAUCACAAAACAGAGGAUUUUAUCUAAUACAUGGUGUUGACAACUAAUAAACUAAGGUUUGUUGAUGCGUUUCUUUGUGAGUAUUCAUUGCAAUAUUACAACAACAACCAUUCUUUUUUUCAGUGUUAAUGCUGGUGGUAUCUGCCACAAUCAUCUGUAUUGAAUUCCGUAGGUGAAAUUCAUCAAGGACUUUAAAAACUCUUUAAGCAAUAGUUAAAGUCCUGCCAUCUACUAAGCCAAGGACAUCCAAUUUGAUCCAUUUUUAAGGACGACCACUUGAUAAUCCCUUCUUUCUAUGUGCUUGCCAUCAAAGUGUAAGGGCCAUUUUCCAUAUACAACUUUUCAAUCAUUUCUUCCUUCAGCUUGAUUGUCUUUGAUUGUUGACUUGUAAAUAGCUGAUUGACAUGGAGAUGGUAUGUCAAUGCCUUCACAAGCCAAUUGCUUGCAUAUGUUAGCAGCUUUGUUUUGCAUAUGUUAGCACCUUUGUUUGUUGAUACUCUUGUGGAGGUCACCAAGUUGACUGCAAUUUUGCUUUUAUGAUGUUUUCUGCUUGGUGUAGGAGUUGUCUCAGCUUCUUCAUUGUUUUCAUAUGCCACUGUUUCUUUGCUUUCCACUUGGAGAUGGUACAAUCGCUUGUCCUCGAAAGAUAACCAUGUUCCAUCCACUUUAGUAAUAUCAAAAAUUUUAUUAAGGGGUUUGUAGCUUUCCCUCUUGACACAUUCAUCAUAACAUUUCAGUAUUUUAUCAAGCUUUGUUUGUAUGACUUGAUCAGAUACAUGAGAAAAAUUCAGUUUAUUCUUCCACAAUUUGGUGACUUCUUCGGAAAUUUCUGCUAUUCGCUUGUUUCAUCCAUUGAUAUUUGGUCCAAGUGGCAUACUGCACUUUUCUUCCAGUGAACAUUCUUCCAAAGAGACCAUUCUUCUUCUUUUAUUAGAGUCUUUAAAUUUUACCAGAUUAUUGGUCCAAACAUCCUUGUUCUUCUGAAUGUUACUAUUGCUAGACUUGUACACGUCAUGUGUUGCUUUUGCAAUAACUAUAAAAUUAGAUGAGCAGCUGUAUUUAGUCUAAAAUGUUUUAAAAUAUUCCAGAAAGUUCCAAAUUGUUCUACAGGUGGUUGCACCCCAAAAACCACAUGAAAGUAGGAGAGCCUAGAACUUUUUUCUUGAGAAAAAUAAUAUUUUUUAAGUUAUUACUAUUGAAAGAUAAGCUUAAAUGGGGUUCUUCCUGAUAGGUAUGGUUUAAUAUGUCUCGCUUGUUUUCUUUUGCUUGAAUGUCGAAGCUGACUCUUUUUUUUGCCAUGCACCCCAAAAACCACAUUAACUAAUUUGGCUAUAAUUUCUUAGCUGUUAAGAAUUUUAACCUGAUUUUUUGAAAAAGAUUGUUAUAAUAAGUUGCUCUUAGGAUGAUUGCAUCACUGCUAACUUAUAUUUUAUAGAACACUUCAAAUGUACUACAAAAACCACAUCAUAUGCACCCCAAAAACCACGUUGGUUUUUUGAUGAUUAUGGAAAAGAUUUAAAAUAAUUUAAUAAAAUUUUUAUAUAGUUUACUCGAAGAUUAAACUAUAUAAAAAAAUUAAGUUUCUAUUUAUCAUCCAUAAAAAAGUUUUAUUAUAUAUCUUAAUUUAUUGCGGAAAUACUGCCAUUGAAGCAUAUUAUGCUUUUUUGUUUGUUCUCCAUUUUAGAGUUUCGUUUAUUAUAUUUAUUGCAUUUGUUAAUAGUAAGUAAAAUGAAACCAACAUCUCUAUUACAUUUGCGUAUAAACAAAGUAAGAAAUCUUAGUACAAAAGCUGAUGCCACAGUUGCCAGAAAACAUACUAAUGAAAAAAAUAAGCAACUAGAAGCUGCUAUAAAUUGGUGCAAAGAAACUUACAAUGAUCCUAUGAAAUCUAAAUAGGGUAAUAAGAAACAUCUUUAUAUUUAAAUAUCCCUUUUUUUAAUCAGACUAUUGUUUUUAUAUAAGGUACUCUUUUAUAGAUUAAGUCGAUCAUUUUGGCUUUGCUUUAAUGCUAAACAUAGCAGUCCUACCAUCAAGCGACAAAGAAGAGUGCCUAUAAACCGUGCACUGAAUUGUUCAAAGGGAAAUGGCAUGUAAUCAUUUAAAUAUCAGUUUGAAAAUUUUUAUGAAUAAGUAUCAAUCUACGUUUUUAAAUAUACUUAUUUCUAUGUAAUAUAUAUAUCAGAUUAACUUGCUAAAGAACUAGUAGAAGUUGGUGUUAUGGUUAGUGAAGAGAAAAUUUAAGCAGGGGUUUGGAAUAACAUUGUUGAUACUAGUCGAAUAUUUAAUUGUGAUAAAACACCCCAAUUUAUUAACUAUGGGGUUAAUGGUACCAAAUCUGGAUUAUUUUAUGCUGGCAAAGGGGAUGUAUGUCGAAGAAUGUAUAGAGAAAACAGAGAAUGUGUCACAAUUCAACCAUUUGUUUCAUUUUCAGGGAAUAUAUGUAUGUGCCAGGUGAUUUUUAAAUGUACUGGUAUUACAAGUUGUAUGGUUCCGACAGAAGCAGCAAAUAAAAUUCCACAUUUGUUGGUUACGACAUCAGAAAAUGGAGUAUCAAACCAUGAAUCAUUCUUGGCAGCAUUGAAAGAAUUUGAUGUCUACUUAAAUGAAAAAAAUGUUAAGCGACCCAUCAUCUUAUUGUCAGAUGGACAUAGCUCAAGACUAGACUUUGAUGUUUUAUCUUUUCUUGAGUUGAAAAAAAUUCGUCUCUUUGUCACUCCACCAGACACAACAGGAGUUACUCAACUUCUUGAACAAGUAAAUAAGAACAUUCUUAGCGAGUAUCGUAAACAGAAAGACUUUAUGUUUUCAGCUAUCUGCUCCUUAAAUAAAGAAGCUUUCAUGUUAGUUCUAGCUAAUAUAUGGGACAAAUGGGCAACCAAAGAAACUAUUAUAAAAUCUGUUAGAAGGGUAGGUGUCACUGAAAACUCAUUGAGUGUUGAAUUUAUGCAAAAAGAUAAAUUUGAAAGAGCAGAAAACUGUAUUGAAGCAGAGAAACAGCCAUCUACUUUAAUUUCUUUGCCUGAUAAAAGACAUAGUUCAGCAAGUUACUGGAAAUCAAAGUUUGAACAAGCUAUGGAACUGAUUGAUGAACUUCAUGAAAAAAGUAUUCAACUGGAAGAAAUACCAGGUUUAUGGUAACCAAAAAGGUAAAGCCUAAAUUAUCAAAAGAUAUGACCUGUGUUACCCAAGUACAUGGUUCAAUGACAACAAACAAUGUAUUAACUGUAGUUGAAUCCAUAAAAAGAAUCAAAGAAAAAAAGUUAAAAGAAAAAGAAGAUGCUGCAAAAAAAAAAGAGGAAGUUAAAAAACUUUUUAUUAAAUGUAUGCUUCAAUGUAAUUGUGGAGACAUAAAAUGUAAAGCUUUCGCCUUGAAGCAGUGUCCAACCUGUUUUAAUGUUAUGAAGUCUAUUUGCAGCAAAGUAAAUUGCAAAGUAAAUGGAUGAAAUCUAGAAAUGAUUUUAUUAGCAGGUGCUAGAAAAAAAUGAACCAAUUAUUUUAAUGAGAUAUUUCUAUAAAUUUUGUGCAAAUUUAGUGAAAAAGAUUGAUUCUGGUUAAUUCUUUUUUUAAUGCACCCCAUGUUGAAUUGUAUAUUUUAAUUGUUAUUUUUACAUGUUUCCCUUCUACUUAAAAUGCAAAUGGUUUGAUUUAUGUAUAGAAUAUAUAAAAGAUAAGUUAACUAGAUUGGAGUUGCAAACUUAGUCUAAAAAACCACUAUUUUAUAGCAAUUAUUCUUAAAAAUUUGAAAAAAUUUAUACACUUUUUUUAACUGAAAACAUUUGUAAAAAUUUUCCUAUAUUGUUAUCUUAGUUUUCCUUUAUUUUAAUUGUUACUGGAACAUUCAUGUGUCAAAAAACAUUUCUUUCGUGGUUUUAAAGUACAGAUUUAAAUUUUUAUAGCCAUAUAACUGACCACACUGUUUUUGGGGUGUCUUAGUUUUUGCUGUGCGUUCACCUAUAAAAUGUUCCAAAAUAUUUAAAAUUGUUCUAGAAUGUUCUAAAUUGUUCCAGAAUGUUUUAAAUUGUUCUAGAAUGUUCUAAAAUCUUCUAAAAUGUUCUGUUAUUUUCCAAAAUAUUCUAAAGUUCUAAACACUUCUAAUCUAUACAAGUUUUAAAUGAUUCACAGAAAAGUAGCACCUAUUAGUAGUAGCAGUAACAAGAUUAUAUAAGUGAUAAAACGUAAUUUGAAUUGUGGGGUGACCUUUUUUUACAAUCGAGAGGAAUUGAACAUGUUUUCUAAUAAAAGUUUAUUGAUUUAUGACAGAAGAUUAAUUAAUAUUUUUUUUCAAAAAACGUCAAAACGUCAUAACCCUAUUGAGCAGUCGUGGCGCAGUGGUUGCACACUUGUCUCAAGCAAAUGAUCCGUGGUUCAAACCCCACUUCUGGGAAAGUUUUGCGACAUUGGUUAGGAAGGAGGUGUGAACUUCCAAUUAAAUGCUCAUUCCCGGUGUUGUGUGAUAAGUCCAUAAAGACUUCUUUGGGCACCUAAAAUAAAAAUUAAAAAAAAAGUUAUUUUAUAUUUAUUUUGCACGGAAAUAGAACAUUUUGGAAUAUUUUAUUUUUGGUUUGUAAUGAACCAGAACAUUUCAAGUUAUUUUAUUUUUAU